GUGGUUAGCGGGAGGGGCGGCCCCGGGCGGUUGCGUCGUAGCGGGGGCGUGGCCGGAGCGCGGAGCGGGCCGUGUGGCCGCAGGGGCGGCGGCGGCGGCGGCGGCGGCGCGGGGUGCUGGCGUCCCCACCGGCCGGCCGGGUUGGAGCCUGGGGCGUGCGCUCCCGCACCGGUGCUCCGGGAAGUCGGCGGAGCGGCGAGCGGGCUCCCUUUCUGACCCCUCCCUCGCGCAGCCCUGCCGGGGCCUGGAGAGGGAAGCCCCCGCCCGGAGGAAGGGGCGCGGAGCGUCUCUGGAAGACGCGGGGUGCCUGAGCUCCGCGACCAUGAAGGUCAAGGUCAUCCCCGUGCUCGAGGAUAACUACAUGUACCUUGUCAUCGAGGAACGCACGCGGGAGGCUGUGGCCGUGGACGUGGCCGUGCCCAAGAGGCUGCUGGAGAUCGUGGGCCGGGAGGGGGUAUCACUGACGACCGUGCUGACCACCCACCACCACUGGGACCACGCGCGGGGCAACGCGGAGCUGGCGCGGCUGCGGCCGGGGCUGGCGGUGCUGGGCGCCGACGAGCGCAUCUGCGCGCUGACCCGCAGGCUGGUGCACGGCGAGGAGCUGCGGUUCGGGGCGAUCCACGCGCGCUGCCUCCUGACGCCGGGCCACACCUCCGGCCACAUGAGCUACUUCCUGUGGGAAGAGGAGUGUCCGGACCCGCCCGCGGUGUUCUCUGGGGAUGCGCUGUCCGUGGCCGGCUGUGGCCUGCGCCUGGAGAGCACAGCCCAGCAGAUGUACGAGAGCCUGACGCAGAUCCUGGGCACGCUGCCCCCGGAUACGGUGUUCUGCGGCCACGAGCACACGCUGGGCAACCUGGAAUUUGCGCAGAAAGUGGAGCCGGGCAACGACCACGUGAGAGCUAAGCUGUCCUGGGCCAAGAAAAGGGACGAGGACGAUAUGCCCACCGUGCCGUCCACCCUGAGUGAGGAGCUCCUCUACAAUCCCUUCCUAAGGGUGGCAGAAGAGUCUGUGCGCAAGUUCACGGGGAAGGCGGCCCCGGCCGAGGUCCUGGAGGCACUCUGCAAGGAGCGGGCAAGCUUCCAGCGGGCGGCUGAGCCGCUGCAGCCGCAGGCCCGGGCCCUCCUGGCACUGCAGUGGGGGCUCCUGGGCACACCCCAACAGAAGUGAGCCCCAGGAGGACCCGCCGUGGAGCCAAGCAUCACAGCUCUCCUCCUUCAACCCUCAGCCGAUGGAGCUGAGGAGGAUUGCCUCUGUAAGCUUUCAUGGCCCUGCCCAGCGGGCUGCCCAGCCUUGGAGGGUGGGUACUGCACACGAGGCCCUCUCUGGGGUGCAUGUGACCCCUGAGGCCUGGAUGUUUGGGAAGCGGUGUGCUAGCGUGCACUAUGAAUAAAGCUGUGAAAGGUC